CCGGAGCACAGGUGAUACCUGGGAGCAGCCCCUCCCUCCCGCUGGGGGAGAGGGGACUCCCCUGGCCCACGGGGCCCCUCCCUCUCCUCCUGGGGCAAUGGGGCAGGAGUGUCUGUGGAGCUCAGGAGCCAGCCCAACUGGGAAAAGAUAAAAAGCCCAUCGGUGGCGCAGCAGCUCACCGCGCCCCGUCUCCGCUCUCUGCGCCUGCACCCCGGCCCCCCGACAGCCAUGAGGUCCUCCGUGUCUCGGCAGACGUACUCUACCAGAGGGGGCUUUAGCUCCAACUCUGCGAGUGCGGGAGGCGGGUCCCGGGCCCGCAGCAGCUUCAGCUCCGUGACGGUGUCCCGGAGCAGUGGCAGUGGUGGGGGCACCCGCUGUGGCCCCGGCAAGGGUGGCUUUGGCAGCCGAAGCCUCUAUAACCUGGGAGGCAGCAAGAGCAUCUCGGUCAGUGUGGCUGGAGGGGCCUCGUCAGGGCGGGCCCUAGGAGGCUUCGGCUUUGGCAGUGGGGCCUUUGCAGGCCUGGGGGCCGGCAGGCAGGUGUUCGGGCCCGCCUGUCCUCCUGGAGGCAUCCAGGAGGUCACCGUCAACCAGAGCUUGCUGACCCCCCUCAACGUGGAGAUAGACCCCGAGAUCCAGAGGGUGCGCACCCAGGAGCGGGAGCAGAUCAAGACCCUCAACAACAAGUUUGCCUCCUUCAUCGACAAGGUACGUUUCCUGGAGCAGCAGAAUAAGGUGCUGGAGACCAAAUGGGCCCUGCUGCAGGAGCAGGGCCAGAACUCUGGUGUCACCAGGAACAACCUGGAACCUCUCUUUGAGAACUACUUGGGCAACCUGCGGAGGCAGCUGGACAACCUCCAGAGCGAUCGGGGGAGGCUGGACUCAGAGCUGAGGAAUGUGCAGGAUGUCCUUGAGGACUUCAAGAGCAAGUACGAGGAUGAAAUCAAUAAGCGCACUGCAGCGGAGAAUGAGUUUGUGCUGCUCAAGAAGGAUGUGGAUGCUGCAUAUAUGAGUCGAAUGGAUCUGCAGGGCAAAGCGAGCACCUUGACUGAGGAGCUCAACUUCCUGAAUCAUCUCUAUGAAAUGGAGCUGAGUCAAGUGCAGACCCACGUGUCUGACACCAAUGUGGUCCUGUCCAUGGACAACAAUCGCAGCCUGGACCUGGACAGCAUCAUUGCUGAGGUCAAGGCCCAGUAUGAGCUGAUUGCCCAGAGGAGCAGGGCUGAGGCUGAGGCUUGGUACCAGACCAAGUAUGAAGAGCUGCAGGUGACAGCUGGGAAGCAUGGGGACAACCUGAGGGACACUAAGAAUGAGAUUGCUGAGCUCACCCGCACUGUCCAGAGGCUGCAGGGCGAGGUGGAUGCAGUUAAGAAGCAGUGCCAGCAACUGCAGACUGCCAUCGCAGAAGCGGAGCAGCGUGGGGAUAUGGCCCUGAAGGAUGCUCAGAAGAAGCUUGGGGACCUGGACAUGGCCCUGCACCAGGCCAAGGAGGACCUGGCCCGGCUGCUGCGCGACUACCAGGCUCUCAUGAACGUCAAGCUGGCCCUGGACGUGGAGAUCGCCACCUACCGCAAGCUGCUGGAGAGCGAGGAGAGCAGGAUGUCUGGAGAAUGCCCCAGUGCAGUCAGCAUUUCGGUGACCGGCAACUCCACUACUGUGUGCGGAGGCGGCGUGGCGGGCUUUGGGGGUGGCAUGUCCCUCGGCGGGGGUGGGGGUGCUGGCAAGGGCGGAUUCGGCACCAGUGUGGGCUAUGGCACCAUCAAGGGAGGGCCCGUCUCUGGGGGCACCUCCAUCCUGCGGAAGACCACCACGGUCAAGACGUCAAGUCGGAGGUAUUAGCUGCCCAGCCUUGCAACCUGGGGCCCCUGCAAUUUUCUCCUUGUUGUACUCACCCCAGCCCUCCUGCCCUCCCCACCCACCCCCAUAAGAGAGGGAACAGCCCCAGGACCACAGGUCCAGUGUAUUUGCAUGCCAGACCCUGCAGGUGAUCUGCAUUUGGGGAAGGCUCAAAUGUACCCACAUUUUCUCCUUGCUUCUGCAACGUGAUGGGAGGGGGGGUUAAGGCCACCUCCUUGAGCAAUGUAUUUGAGUGACUUGGGGGUGACCUUUUGACCACUGAGAGGAGACUGGAUUUCCCUUGAUUCCUCUGCUCCUCUGCUCUGCACUCAGGGCAGGCUGGGGGAGGAAGGAGGGAAGUUGGGAGUGGUCCCUGAAGGCCUUUCAACCUCCCUGGUCUCUCACUAGACCCGACCCCUCUCUGAAUCUACCCGCCUGCCUCCCCUGUCUGUGCCUGUGAUGUAUCUCAAUAAAUGGCAACUGCAGCUA